AUGGCUGCCUCUGAACUGGCGGUUUCGCUAGCGAUAGUCAGACUUCAUGAUCUUCUCUCCAAGUCCAAAGACAACAUCACCUAUCAAAACUUGACUGAUAAAAUCUCUUCCUCCAUAAGCGAUCUCCAAAGUAUCCAGAACACCAGGAAACACACCGUGCUCGAGGAUGGCCACAACCAAAAAGCUCAGGAAGGCAAGAAACGGCCUGAGGUUUGUCCUCAUAAGGUUGAGAAGAUUGGCGAAGUCCUUGUUGAUUUACUCCGAGACAUUGACGAAGCAAUCCUUGUUGAUUUACCCCGAGACCAGAUGUCAGAAUCGCAAGGGGCUUGUUUCGCCAAGGUGUUCGCCCUAGUUCGGCUCCUCCCAGUAAUGAGCGGAGCACAUGCCAGGAAAAAGAUGGCCAAGACGAAAGUCGAAUCGUUACGUGGCAAGGUCGCAUCAUUAGGGCGUCUUGCUAAUGAUGGCAUGCCAGACCAUAAGAGGGCAUCAUCUUCGUCAUUGAGCAAGAGGAAUCGAGAAAAUACGAGGCAGCGGGUUGAGUCCGAUAUCGUGGGCCGUGAUGGAGAUGUAAGGACGCUUCUGGCCUGGUUGAUUGAUGAUCACGACUCCAGCCUUCGGGUGAUGUCGGUGGUUGGCGAAAAAGCCUGUGGCAAGACCGCACUGGUGAGGAGUGUCUUCAGCAAGCGAGAAACCAAGCAUCACUUCCACUGUCGUGCUUGGGUCCGUGUCCCAGACCUUGGGGCGGAGUCUGACCGGAUGAAGAACCUCCUUGUGGACAUACUGAAACAGACACCACUCCGAGACCAGGCAAAAGACAUGGAGCACAAGCAAGAGGAGCAGCUGUUCGAGAUGCUAAAUAAAUUAUUGAUGGGGCUUAGGUACUUGAUAGUUUUGGACAAUCUGUGCGAGGGCAGACUCGUCCAUGAGCUCUUGGUCCCAUUCAUGGACUGGAUGAACGGAAGCAGAGUAAUUGUCACUACAACAAAUGCAGAGAUGCAAAAGUUUGCAGACCCUUGGACACCCUAUCUCCGAUUACCCCUUGAUAUGACCGAUUUUGAAGAGUGCAAGAAAUUGCUGUGGGUAAGCAUAACGGGAGAUGACAGUUCAAAAUCGGAGAUGACCAAUCUUGAGCAGAGAAUUUUGAGCAAAAAUCGAUCUCCCCCAGCGAUCUCACUGCUUGGAGGACUUUUGUUUGCUGUGGAAGAGAGCAAUUGGGCGGCCCUCAUCGAUCGGCUUGGAGAACGUCCCAACCUCGACGAUGUCAUGUGCUUGAGCUUCGAUGAAUUGCCUUACCUGAUGAAGCCAUGUGUUCUCUAUAUGGCUUUCUUUCCUAAGGAGUCUGAGGUCCCCACAAGGAGGCUUUUCCGGCUAUGGGCUGCUGAGGGGUUGUCGGCCCAGGAUGCUGAUGGGUCGGCCCAAAUGCGAUCAGCAAAGGACUGUUUUUGCGAAUUAGAGAGCAGGAACUUUAUUCACGUGGUACGACGGAAACCGGACGGAAGUGCUGGAUCAUGUCGCAUGCCUGCUUUUCUUCAUGAAUUUGUCCAUCGAAAAGCAGAAGAAUUCGGACUUCUUCGGAUCCAGGACAACUCUGACUCUGACUCAGAGAAAGAAUCAAAGGGCAAGGACCCUGUCGCCAAGCAGAGCGCCCAGAGUCAACAGAAGCAAGUGGAAAACACAGCGACAGGACAUUAUGGUUACAAGGUCCCAUGCCUUCAGUCUUUUGCAUCAUUUGACACCCGUAAGCUAGGGACGCAGGCGAGAAUAGAAUCACCAAUUUUAGGCAGAUGCCUGGAUUUGCUGAGGGUAGUUGAUUUUGAGGGUGUUUACAAGCCUGUCCUCCCGGAGAACUUUGGAAAUAUGCUGUGUAUUCUAAGGUACUUGGGAUUGAGAUGGACGGUUCUGUAUUCGAUUCCGGAAUCAGUGGGGAAUCUGUUACUCCUGGAAACCUUAGAUCUGAAGCACACCAACAUAACCAAAGUGACGAGCGCCAUUUGGAAUGCAAAGUACCUUCGACAUCUGUACCUGAGCGAAGCAUCUUUCGAUGAGUCCAUCCGACGCCAUAUCUCAUCAGGGAAGUCUCUGAAUACUAAACUCGAGACCGUAUGGGGUCUACUCAUAAAUACUGAAAAGAGCCCCAUGAUAAGUGUGCUGGAGAAGCUGCAAAGCCUGAAGAAGCUGGGCAUGACAUGCCGUCCGGAAGCGGUGGAGGCAGUGACCAAAUGCAUUUCGAACCUGACCGGGCUCAAGUCCCUGGGACUGAGAUCGAGGGACCUGUUCGGUCAGCCAGCGGACCUCAAUUUGAGAGACAUGUUAUGGCUCAAAUCUCUUUCAAACUUGUAUUUGCUUGGAUCUUUGCAGCCUAAACAGGACUUGAAGUUGUCAUCGCUCUUUCCUCAUCUGAAAGCGCUCACCUUGUCAAUGUCAGAACUGGAACACGGUCCGAUGGAGGACCUAGGGCGCCUGACUGAUUUGACUUUACUCAGGUUAUUGGCUCGCUCUUGCGCCUGCACAAGCUGGCAUUGUGAAAAAAAUUCUUUUCCAAAACUCCGCAUCCUGAAACUCUGGAUGCUCGAGAAAUGGGAAAAUUGGGAAGUCAAAAAUGGCGCGAUGGAUCAUCUCCAAGAGCUGGAAAUCAGGCACUGCACGAAUCUAAAGAAAGUUGAGGGCUUGAAUAAUAUCAACAGCUUGAAAAGUGUGAGUCUUACAGGAGUUACAGAAGACCUUGCCGAGACUAUUGAAGUUCCCAAAGAUACGCUGGUAAAAAAAAAGGAGUUAAUGUCCAAGGUCCAAUUCAAGAUCAUGCCAUUUUCGAGGAAAUAAAUAAACAGUGAAUGAAAAUUCCAUGGAUGUUGCAUACUGCAGUUUUCUAAGUUCUUCAUCUUCUUCAAGCAUAUUUAUCUUUUGCUGGCCAUUUACAAAAAGAAAAGUACUCAUUGCAGAAAGAGAGCCACCAAGAAACGGACGAGCAUUGACGUCGGCCGGGAUUCAUCAGCUUCCAGCAAUGACUGUUUUCAUACUCUUGAAUAAGAGUAUUCAUAUGCUCAUGUGUACUUUAUUUAUUUCCUUGCGUAUCUCUAUCUGUGUGUAUUUCUCUGCAUUGUAAUUCACGGCAAUUGCUACUUUAGCUAGAGUCUCAAGACUUGCCUCUUUUGGGAUAUGUAAGUUUGAAAAUGUUAAG